AUGAUCUGGGCAGCCCUCGCCCUGCAUGACGGUCCUCCCGAGGCCCUCUACCCCCUCACCCUCUCACAAUGCACUCCCACUCACCGUCUCUCCACCACUCCACCCCCUCACCCACUCCAGGCAUUCCACCUCCACACUCCCAUCCCCUACCCCGGCAAUGGUUGUGCUGUCGAGGCCCUCUACCCCCCUCACCCGAACCUCCUACCCGAACCCUCCCACCCGAACACCCACACCCCGUCCACUCUUUCCACACAUUCUAUACCCUCACCAGUCUCUCCACAUACCCCAAUCUCACACCCACUCUUCCUCCACGCACCAUACCCCCUCCACAUCCUAUUCCACUAUUACCCCGACAUAAACAUCCCAACAACCACAACCCCUGGCCAACCCCCUCCACCAGUCCACCCCUCACCUACUCUCUCCAAGCACUCCAUCCCCACACCGAAUCUCUACAGGCAUUCCACUUCCCCCCACCACCCCGACAAUGUGCCUGCGAGGGAGGUGUGGGCGCUGGCAGGACACACCACACUCCUCCCCUGCGACCUCAGCAUCCGCCUCCCCAAAGACUCAGUGCAGAUGGUGAUGUGGCUUCGGGAGGGCACGCACACUCCCCUCUUCAGCGUGGACUAUCGGGAACAGGCCAGUGGGAAGCCUCAAAUAUGGCGGGACAACACAGCUUCCACUGCCCAGCGCGCCUUCCUGAGACUGGCAGAGAUGGAUGUGGGCGUGGCGGAGGGCGCUGACUACGGCCACGGGGUCAGACCGAGGCUAGGAUACGGCCAGAAGACCACCUCGUAUGCCCCGGCGUAUGGGGAGGCAGGGAGCGACGAGGAGGCCGCGGGGAACGAGAAGGCGGUGGGUCUGAUGGUGAGGGACGUGGAGAGAAAUGACUCGGCUGUGUACCGCUGCCGUGUUGACUUCCUUCUCACCCCCACCAGGAACACCAGGGUGAAUCUGACUGUUGUAGUGCCCCCGGUGAGGCUCAGCGUGGAGUGGUGGAUGGGGGAGAGCGGUGAUAAGGAGAGGGACGGCGUGGUGGGUCUCUUCCACGAGGGCCAGGCGCCAACCCUCAUCUGUGAGACUCGUAAUGCGUGGCCGCCCCCGAGAGUGGUGUGGUUCGAAGAGGAUGCCAUGGCCGACGACUCCUACGCGACAAACCCCGUGGAGGACGCCGUGGAGAACACCCUGACCCUGCCGCCCCUCACUCGCGACCACCAUAACCGGAGAUUCACUUGCAUCGCCGUUAACUCAAAUCUGACACGACCCAUUGCCACGACUGUCCACCUCCGCAUGGCUCUGGACGUGCUGAUCGUGGAGAUGGAGGACGUGCCUGUGCUCUCCGCUGGGACGCCUGCUGAAGUCAAGUGCACCGUGUGGGGUUCGAACCCUGAGCCUCACAUCACCUGGAUGCUCAACGAGAUCAUCCUGCCCUCCGCCAAGCCUUGGGUGUCUGACGACGGCAACCGCAGCGUGUCCAUGGUGAGCUUCACGCCGGAGCCGGGCCACGAUGGGGCACCCCUGCAGUGCUCCGCGUACAACGAGAUGCUGAUGCGAGCGUCACACCGCCACCCGCCCGGGGGCCACCGCAGCUCCGCCCUCCUCGUCGUCAAUUACGCGCCUCGGCUCACUGUCUCCCUCGGUCGCACUUUGGAGGCAGACAACAUCAAAGAAGGGGACGAUCUUUACUUUGAGUGCUCAGCCAUCGCCAAACCGCCUCCUCAUAAGGUUACCUGGAGCCAUAACGGCAACCAGCUGGAGUCCACGGCCGGCAUCCUGGUAUCCAACAUGACUCUGGUGUUGCAAAAAGUGGCGAGAUCAAACGCAGGCACCUACACCUGUCAUGCCACCAACAGCGAGGGCUCCGCCGCCUCCCCGCCACUCAAACUGGACGUGAAGUACGCCCCAGUUUGCGCUACCAACAAGCCUUCCCAGCACAGUGUGGCGAAGCAUGAGAACGCGAGAAUCACCUGCAACGUGCUGGCCAACCCUCCUGUUGUGCACUUCAGCUGGGCUUUCAACAACACGGCAGAGGCUGUCAACGUGCCCGAAGACAGGUACGUGGUGCAGGGGACAGAGUCGGUGGUGAACUACACGCCCGUCACGGAGCUGGACUACGGCACGCUGCUCUGCUGGGCCACCAACGACAUCGGGCAGCAGGUGCACCCGUGUGUCUUCCAGAUCGUGGCUGCAGGGAAGCCAGACCCGCCACACAACUGCCGCGCCUACGAGGUGACCAUCAGCUCCCUGCAAGUGUCCUGCUUACCUGGGGACGACGGGGGACUGGGCCAGAAAUUUGUACUGCAGGUGGUAGAAGCUAAUGGAGACUUCAAGCCGGUGGUGGAGGUGACGAGGGAGGCUGCGUCCUUCUCCGUGGCCAACCUGCGUCCUGCCACAGCCUACCGCCUCUUCAUCAAGGCUACCAACGCUAAGGGGGAGUCCCGGCCAACCGAGCUCAGCGCCUACACCGAGGCCCUCAACCAUCCCCAGCACGAGACUCCAGCAGAACCAACUCGGGGGCGUGAAAGUGGCGCGGAGGUGGCCGUGGGCGUGCUGGUGGGCGCCGUGCUGGCCUGUCUCCCCGUGGCCAUCGCCGUGGUGGUAAUGGGCGUAAGGACGUGCAUGAGGCUACGAGCGGCCAGGAGUGGGCGUGCAGAGGAGAGCGAGAAGGAGAGUACUGAAGUGGAAGGCGGAGGGGGAACCGUGCGCCCGCUGCUUCCAGGUCAAGGCACGCCAGGUUCGGGAGGAGGUGUGUCCGGGGAGAGUGGGUCGGACAUCACUACGAUCACCGGAGGCGUGGCGCUCUCCUCCACCACGCUGCCUCCCACGCCCUCCUCUGUCCACUCCGAGGCGCAGGUGACUCAGGUGGCGGCCACGGACACUUCCAGCCUGCUGUAUCCUGGAGGGCGGAUCUACAGCCCGAACCGCGCCCAGCAGGUGGCGGCGCCCCCCGUUAUGGCCCAGUCCGCUACCAACCUCAGGCGCGCGCCGUACACUUCGCACGAGGACAAGUUUGAUGGGGAGAACGAGCUGCUGGAGAUCACUCUGCCUCCCCCCGCGGCUUACGACCAGGGCUACCAGUCGUCCUACCAGGGCUGCCAGACCCUGGAGCAGUGCUACCAGCCGCAGGAGCAGGUGCCCUCCAGGAUGAAACCAGGCUACCCUCAGGUGUUCCAGGAAUACCAAACAGUGCUGCCCGCGGCGGCGUACCCCCAGGGCGUGGCCGUCAAGGGCGUCCACCCCAAUCUGCAGUACAUAUCGUCGGUGCCGCUCAGUCAAGGGUACAGUCCUGCGCCGGUGCCCACCUCCCAGGCCGGCCCCGCCCCCUCCUUCGCCACGCUGCCGCACAGCAAGGUCACCACCUCCUCGUCGUUCAGCGUCCUGCCGCCGGCCAAGGAGGCGGGGCAGGAGGGUAGGAUCGAGGACAACAAAAUGUCCACCGUAUACAACCCGCUGACGCUGUUCCCGAGUCCCACCUACGCCCAAAAGAGCGUGGCGCCGAACACCGACCGCGCCCUCCAUACAGGUUCGCUCAAGAGGGGCGUGAAGCCGCCGGCACAGGACAUCCUCAGGAUACGUGACAGCACGCGGAGCCGCAGCGCCAGCUUGUCCUCGGUGUCCUCCAACAAGCGGGAAAGUUCAGUCUAACAGCGGCCGCUGCGGCACGUGCCCCGCGGGGGACUUCGCUCACGGGGACCUGGGACAUGCUGGGUUCGUAUAGAACAAAAUUUAUAUACAGUCUUUCAGACAUAAUUGUUUUAACUUAGUGUUGUCAAGUGACCUAGGUAGUGUGUGGCGGCCCGGCGCGGACGGCGGCGGCCGGGCGGCGUCGUGUUUUCCUAAAUAACGUUCGGUGUUUUUAUUACGUCACGAGGAAGGUGACGCCGCCUUUGCUUGGGAAGCAACUCAAAGCAGUUACGGUGACAGAGAUAUUGACGGCGGCGGGAGGCAGGAAAGAAGGAAAGUCGCGACCCUCCCGCCAAGCACGUUACCGUACCUGCACGUGUUUGGGCGUACCUGGACUCUCCAGUUGUAGGAUCGCACACUCCCACAGGCAGUCUGAAAUUAUUGUGUUCAUCACCUGACGUGUAAAUGAGUUCCAAAUGAAGGCCUGGAGUGCAGGUCACAACAGACAGCGCGGAGCGGCACGAGUCCCAGUGAAUGGCAAUGUUAGGGUGGUGGAGUAAGAACAAACGGGCGGCCAAGGUGAUGGAGGCGGCAGGAGGAGCGGCAGCCGGUGCCUGGCAUCCUCCUGCGCCCACAGGGGGUGGGGGGGGGGUGGAAAGAAAAAGAAAGAAAGCAGGCCCCGAACCGGCUGGCUCCCAGACAGCCGCCACAACACCGCCCACAACUCAAGGGUGCGUGAAAUGACCUGCGUAAUUUUUAGGAGCCAAAAUUUGGUGCACCGCCGCAACACAAACUGAAUAUUCUCCUAACAACAAAAAGUAUUUUGCGCUAAGUGGAGAGCUAGAGGCGGUAAAGACGCCCAUUGUGGGAGAGCUAAAGGAAUUGCUCAUCAAAGAGACUGGGAGAGGCGGUUGCCACAAGACCACGCCUGGGAGGCUGCCACCGCGGCCCUGGAGUGGCGGGAGGCUCGGCACCAUCGCCAUGACCUUGACAGCGAUGACACUGCUCGAAAAGUCGACCACAAAAAUAUCAUACCAAAACCGAUUCACCAAAAAUAUAAAAAAUUUUCCAGUCUGUAAAACACGUUCGGUUUAUUAAUUCAGAGCUCAGAAAACACCAAUGUUGUUUAUCCGGAAAUUAAGAAAUCCUGGGCAAAAUUAGACACGCACACGACAGAGAUUGCUCUUAAGAAAAUUGCAGACUCAGGCGGUGCAGAGAUAUUUGCAUUAGUUCCUUUCCCUUCCCGAGAGUUUCCUUGGUUCAGAUUAUCACCCCUCAGCUCCCCUCACCCCACCCCGGGCUGUCGGCCUGACCAGGGAGGGAGUGCAUCCCUGCAGCCUCCAUCGGGCCUCCGCCAGCACCCGUGACCACCUGGC